UUUACUUUCAUUUUCACAGCAGCCAUCUUAGCAACAAGAAGCAUGGAAAUCAGCUCUUAAACAUUUGCCUCUAAACAUACAUAUGCCUGAUAUCUCAGACAAUGAGGUCCUUAGUGAUUUGGUGUUUGAGCUUUGCUCUAUUUUAUGCGUUAGUCUUUGCUGACCAUCAUGGUCAUGACCAUAGCCAUGAAGAUGACCAUGACCAUAACCAUAAAGAUAACCACAGAGGUCAUAAAUAUGGACACAGACAUCAUAAACAUGAUCACAAGGGUCAUAAACAUCACCACCAUGACCACCAUCAUGGUAAAGAAAAGCAUAGUCACAAGCAUCAUCACAAUGACUCAAUGGACUGCCAUAAAAUCGCCACAUCCAAUGCUGAAUUUGCCUUCAGUCUUUACAGGCAGAUAGCUUCUGAACAACCAGCAAAAAACAUUUUCUUCUCCCCGCUGAGUAUCUCCACUGCUUUUUCUAUGCUCUCCUUGGGUGCCAGAUCUCAGAGUUUUGACCAGCUCAUAGAAGGACUGGGUUUUAACAUAUCAAAGAUCUCAGAGGAAGACAUCCAUGAAGGGUUCCAUCAUCUCCUGCACAUUUUGAAUGACCCUGACAGUGAGUUGCAGGUGAAUACUGGAAAUGCCCUGUUCAUACACAAUAAGCUUAAGUUGCUUGAGGCUUUCUUAGAAGAUGUGAAAAACUUAUACCAGUCUGAAGCAUUUUCUACAGAUUUUCAAAAUGCUGAUGAUGCAAAAUCUCAGAUUAAUGGUUAUGUGGAGAAGAAAACCAAUGGGAAAAUUGUUGACUUGCUGAAAAGCGUUGACCAAAAUGCUGCAUUAGUUCUUAUUAACUACAUUUACUUCAGGGGAAAGUGGGAACAUCCUUUUAGAGAAGAAAACACAAAUGAAGAUGAUUUCAAUGUGGAUGAGAAAACUGUUGUGAAGGUGCCAAUGAUGUACAGACACGGCUACUACAAUGUGUUAAUUGAUGAAAAGCUGGGUUGCACUGUAGUAGAGCUACCAUACAAAGGAAAUGCAUCUGCAUUGUUUAUCUUGCCAGAUCAAGGAAAACUUAAUCAAGUGGAAGAAGCUCUUCAGAAAUCCACAUUAAAAAACUGGAAAAAAUCAAUGAGAGGAAGUUCUAUUGACUUAUGGAUCCCCAAAUUCUCUAUUUCUGCAUCUCUUGAUCUUAUACCAGAAUUAAGAAAAUUAGGUGUUACAGAUAUAUUCUCUGAUCAAGCUGAUCUCUCUGGGAUAACUGGAGAAAAGAACCUGAUAGUUUCCAAGGCACUUCAUAAAGCUGUUCUGAGUGUUGAUGAAAGUGGAUCUGAGGCUGCUGGGGCAACAGCAUUAGAACUUAUGACUAUGUCACUUUCCCCAUCAGUUGUGUUCAACAGGCCUUUCUUGAUAGUAUUUUAUCAUCGUCCAACUAGAAGCUUACCCUUCAUUGGAAAGAUUGUAAAUCCCACUGCAUAGAAUUAUGCAUUCACUACAUGUUUGUUUGUUUUUUGUUCAAAUAAAAUAACAAUUGUCUGACUGAA